CAACUCAUAUCGUUGGCUGCCUUCCUCAAACACAAACAAACUAUUAUUAUUCUCUCCCCUUCAAAAAAUAUAUUACUAACAGAAACAAAAUCCAAACACAACGGGAAAUUGGCUGUUUUUGCGUUUAUUCGCAAUUCAACAAGCCUCUCCUCCUCCCCCCUCCUUCAUUUUCUACACCUUCUUUAAGGUGUAAAUUUCAAAAAUGGUAGUAACUGCUGCAACAGCCUCGUUUUUUCCUGUUACUUCAUCCUCUGACAUUUCUAGAAAACCCUCCAAACAUGGAGCUACCUCUGUUAACUUUGGAGGAUUCAAAUCCAAACAAAGCUCUAAUGGAAUAAACCUUAAGGCAAAUGCAUCCUCUUCCAAAACCGUGUUUACUGCAACGCCCGUCAAGGUUGAAAAUGAUUCAUCAUCACAACAAUAUCACCAAAGGACGUUCAUCAAUCAGCUGCCUGAUUGGAGCGUGCUCCUUGCUGCCGUUACAACAAUAUUCCUUGCUGCUGAAAAGCAGUGGACCACGCUUGAUUGGAAGCCAAGGCGGCCCGAUAUGCUCGCUGACCCAUUUGGCAUAGGAAAAAUUGUCAAUGAUGGUUUUGUGUUUCGACAAAGUUUUCCAAUUAGAUCCUAUGAAAUAGGUGCCGAUAAAACCGCGUCUAUAGAAACAUUAAUGAAUCAUUUGCAGGAAACUGCACUUAAUCAUGUUAAGACUAUUGGGCUUCUUGGGGAUGGCUUUGGUUCUACACCGGAAAUGUGCAAAAAGAACCUAAUAUGGGUUGUAACUCGAAUGCAAAUUGUGGUUGAUCGUUACCCGGUGUGGGGUGAUGUUGUUCAAGUAGACACUUGGGUUUCUGCAUCUGGAAAGAAUGGUAUGCGUCGUGAUUGGCUUGUGCGUGAUACCAAAACAGGUGAAGUCAUGACAAGGGCAUCCAGUGUUUGGGUAAUGAUGAAUAAGCUGACAAGGAAACUCUCUAAAAUUCCAGAAGAAGCCAAAGAAGAAAUAGAGCCUUAUUUUGUUAAUUCUAAUUCAGUUCUGAAUGAGGAUAAUAAAAAGCUAACUAAACUUGAUGAUACGGCUGAAUAUAUUCGAACUGGUCUAAGUCCCAGAUGGAAUGAUCUAGAUGUUAAUCAGCAUGUUAAUAAUGUGAAGUACAUUGGAUGGAUUCUGGAGAGUGCUCCGCAGCAAAUUUUGGAGAGUCAUGAGCUGCAUUCAGUGAGUUUGGAGUACAGGAAGGAAUGUGGGAGGAACAGUGUACUUGAGUCCUUGACUGAUGUAACUGAUGCUGACAUUGGAUUUGUUGAAUGCAAACACUUGCUUCGACUGGAAGACGGUGCGGAGAUUGUGAGGGGUCGGACUGAGUGGAGACCAAAAGCUGUCAACAAUUUUGAUGUUUUGAAUCAGGUUCCAUCACAGAGCAUCUAAAUGUUGAGUCACUGAACAUGAUUCCCCAGUUGCUAUGUGUAGAUUGGAUUUCACCUUUUCUUGCUUUUGUGAGAUCCUCAUGUAUUAAAUGUAUACUAAUAUAUGUGCUAGUUAAUUCAAGGGGUGAAAGAGGGAGAGGAUAGUGAAAUAUCAUUCUCAUUCUCAUUGUAAUUAGCUCCUACUCUUCUCUCUCCCUCUCUUCCAAUUCAUAUAUGGUUAUGCUACAACAAGGUGUCGGUAAUAUUAUUUCAUUGUUUCUUCAAAAUGGCUAACCAUGUAUAUUAAAUUGGUUUCUGUCUUAUUUUUCCAUUGUAAGUUAUUGUUUUUAUUUGACAACUGUGACAGUAUAAUCUGUUAACCUUCAGUUGUCAUACAUUAACUACUUGAAUAGGUUGGGAACUGGUACCAAAUCAUGAAAAUAUCAAAGAUUAUUUUAAUCA